AUGGGGUACAGCUUACACGCCGAACUUUUCGGCUCGUAUGCCGUUGGACUAAUGGUCAUUGCUCUGCGUCUGUUCGUGCGUUGGUCGUCAGGAUCCCACAAUUUCUACUGGGACGACCUCUGUCUGGGGUCUGUUGUGGUUUGGUGGACAAUGCACACGGUUUUCCUCUACCUCUUAGAUAACACCGGUUCCAACAUUGGUCUCAAUGAGAAGUCGGCGAUGGAAGUCCCAGACAGCGAGGUACACAAACUUCAACAGGGCGGUAUAUUUGCCUUCCUUGCUUGGAUUUCGUACAUUUGUCUGGUGUGGUCAUUCAAGGGUGUCCUCAUGUUUCUUUACAACCGAAUCACAACUGGUUUAUGGCAGCAUCGCAUGACCCUGAUCAUGGGUGCCUUUUGCGUGUGUACAUUCUUGGCCUCUCUGAUUUUCGAUCUUGCUGUCUGUCAUCCAAUCCAAAAGAAUUGGCAGGUCAAACCGUAUGCAGGGGGUAAGCAUCUGGUCAGUGUCGUCGGAUUUCCAUACGCCCAGCUGACAAAUACACAGAAAACUACGAACAGAACUGACUUGGGCGUCAUGUGUGUCCCAUUGCCGCUUAUCAUCGCGGCCAAAAUCCCACCGCUCCAGAAAUUCAUCUUGGCUCUUCUAUUCUCCUCCGGAAUAUUCGUCAUGAUUGCCGCUGUCCUUCGUACGUACUACUCGAUUUCGAACAUCAACAAACUCUCCGUUGCCCUGGGCUGGGCCUCCCGCGAAGCCCUGGUCUCCGUCUUCGUCGUCUGCGCUCCGGGUAUAAAGCCGCUCUUUGCAAGAUUCAAGUGGUUCCAGUCAUUCAAAUCCUCGUCCAAUGGUUAUAGCAGCAACCAGCGCACCGGGCGCAAUGGCAUGUUCCAUUCCAAGUCUGGAAAUUUCACCGGUAUUAAUAGUACCAAGGAUGAGGGCAAGCAUCCAUACGAGCUGGAUAUUAUGAAGAGGAAUAAAGAUAAGCAUGACGACUCGUCGAACGAGAGUCAGGAGAGAAUUAUUGAGUCUGGGGAGGACGCCAAUAGCCCACCCAGAGAUCAUGCAGGUAUUGUGGUCACAACCGAGUAUACUUUGGCGCAUGACGAUAGGGGAUCAGCGACAUGACCAUUGAGUCAGUCUUUAUAGCCCUUUUGAUUUCCUCGAGAGUGAUGUACUAUUUCUCUGUAUGAUAGAACCAGGAACGGUAAUAUAGUUGACAAGAGUUGUAAUGUCAAAGGUCACGUAUACU